CGGUUUUGUUUACAGCAUCUAUUAGCGAACAAUGACCGAAAAAAUGAAUUAGUUAUAAACAAUAAAAAAACCCUACCUCUCAGAGAGGCGAUUUGUGAUGGUCCCCCGCCAUGCACUGCGCGACGUAAACAUCCAAGAUGGCGGAUCGACGUCGAAAAAUAAUGUCGCAACUUUUAUUGACAGACUUUUCGGUCGGCCAACGACGUGUUAGAAGACUUCCAAGGUGAUUUUCAUAAGAAAUGUACAUCAGAUAACUGUUCUCAGUGUUGUCAUAAUUCAGACCGUGGCCUUGAGCACGCAACAGGCGCAGAAAUCGAACAUUUAGAACAGACGACUUCGAUUCGAACAUCUUUUAGAACAGACGACUUCGAAUCGAACAUCUUUUAGAAAAGACGACUUCGAAUCGAACGUUUAGAACAGACGACGUCAUGGCUGAGUUUGAUUUUCUGGAGAACCCCCGGCUGAUGAGGGUCCCGACCAAGAAGUGGAUCGAGAACCCGUGCGAGAGAAUCCUGGUGCCGGACAGAGACUUUGUCUACAUGCUGGAGAUACAAGACGUGCCGGUCAGGGCGAGAGACAAGUUUAUCCACUGGAGAAUGAUGACGUCAGAGGAGGAGCAGACCUUCAAACUGUGUGAGCAGGAGAGGUUCUGGACUAGAUCUGUCCCCUUCAUGAUUGGAGUGUCAGCUAUAACAGCAGUCCUGUCCAGAAGGGCAAGAUACAAUCUGUGGCAGAAAGCUAUAUGCCAGUAUGCUGCCCUGACAGUAGGCAGAGACCUGGGCCACUUCACGUACUGGUACCUGGAACACGAGCGCUGGGCGGAACGGUUCAUGCACCUGCAGGGGUCGACUUACGGGGAGGCGCUCAGGAGGAGGGACUGUCAGCUGCAGAGAUGGUAUCCUAAUGGAGCCCCACCCAUCCCCAGGCACUUACUUUACACCAGGACAGAACCCCCCUCAUCCUUACCCCCACUGCGGCCCCCCUUGUCCCCUCCCCAACCCCCCAACCCCUCUCCACAUUUAAUCACAGCCUCGCUGAACCCUCAAGAAGAAGUGCCACAGUAUCCAACGGACAUUGAUGAGAAAUACACAGACUAUUCUAUUGAGUACAACUCCCCACUCUUUACAUCUUCUCUGGGUGAAACGUCGGAUCUUGAAGAAGAGGAAAGAACUCUAGAAGAAGAGCAAGAGGAGAAUCAUCCAGAAGUAACAAGUUCCUCCUCCUCCUCUUCAGAUGAUGAUGAUAAAAAUGACAAAUCAUCAUCCUCCUCGCCAUCAGCAUUCCCAUCAUCCCCUUCAUCAGCCUUCCCACCAUCCUCUCCAACAGCCUUCCCAUCAUCCUCUCCACCAGCCUUCCCAUCAUCCUCUUCACCAGCCUUCCCAUCAUCCUCCUCUCCACCAGACUUCCCAUCAUCCUCUCCUCCAGCCUUCCCAUCAUCCUCUCCACCAGACUUCCCAUCAUCCUCUCCUCUAGCCUUCCCAUCAUCCCCUGUCAGCUGGGAUGAAGAUGAUGCAACGUGCCAUAAAGAUGAUGCAACAAGUCAUGAAGAUGAUGAAAGAAUUCAAGGAGGAGAAAACGUGUUGCCUGAUGACUCUGUUGCUGUGACAGAGGACACGGAAGAAUUUAUACUCCCAGACAAAGAAAAGAAGAGGAACAUUUAUGGAGACAUCAUAGAGGAUGAUAUACAAGAUGAGAGAUAGUACUCAACACAGCUGCAGGCUGAAUAUUGAGAACUUUACGACUCUGACAUUGUUUGUUUGAAUCUAUGUUUAUUUAUGAGAGUUUUGUUAAGUGCCUUUCCCAAGGGCACAAGAUUGGUCACAUGAUAGAAUUCGAACCCGGGGCCUCUUGGUACUGAGCCGAACAUGCUACCGUUUACACCAUACGACCCCCCAAGUCUGUACACUUAUACAGUCACACAAGUCAGGCAGCCUAGGGCCUGUAAUGGUAUCUUUUACUGAUUUGAUGAUGUCAAUACAAAAUUUAUAAUACCCUGAUUUUGUGUUUCAUACAGAGUAAGUUGGUCUAAUGGAACUCCAAGGGUCCAAUAUGGCUAUCCAGUUUAAUUAAAUGUACUGUUGAUUGAAAUAAACUAUCCGGUUUAUUGUCUGUUGCUCCCCAUCUUACGAGGGUUAGACAUGCUUCCACAGCUAAUUGGGGCUAAUUGCAGUUUGAUUAAAAUAAAACGGUCUUAAACUGAACGGUCUAAAAGUGACUUGCCUGCCUAAGUGUCCCUUCCCUUGCACCAUUUUUGUUUCACUCCACUCAC